AUUGUCGCAUUAUCCCACCUUGUCUCUGUCUCUGCUCUGCUAGUUUUUUUACUGGUUGAUGUCCAGAAUGUUAGUGGGACAAGCAAACUCCAUUUGCUCUCUUUUUCCUCUUGAGCCCUUCCUCUGAAGCGGUGAACGAAGUUAGAACAAGGAAGCCAUGUCGUCACCAAGCAAACGCAGAGACAUGGACUUGAUGAAAUUGAUGAUGAGUGAUUACAAAGUCGAGAUGAUCAAUGAUGGAAUGCACGAGUUCUAUGUUCAUUUCCAUGGACCCAAUGACAGUCCUUAUCAUGGAGGUGUGUGGAGGAUAAGAGUUGAGCUGCCAGAUGCUUAUCCAUACAAGUCUCCCUCAAUAGGCUUUAUUAACAAAAUCUAUCACCCAAAUGUUGAUGAAAUGUCUGGCUCAGUCUGUUUAGAUGUUAUCAAUCAGACUUGGAGUCCCAUGUUUGAUUUGGUAAAUGUAUUUGAGGUAUUUCUACCACAGCUGCUUUUGUAUCCCAACCCUUCAGACCCGCUAAAUGGGGAGGCAGCAGCUUUGAUGAUGCGCGACCGGUCUGCUUAUGAACAGAGAGUUAAAGAAUACUGUGAGAAAUAUGCCAAGCCAGAAGACAUAGGGGCUGCUCCAGAGGAUGAAACUAGCGAUGAGGAGCCAAGUGAGGAUGAAUAUGAGUUCCAUGAUGAGGAAAUGGCAGGCCAAGCAGAUCCUUAGCAGUUGGCCACCAAUCCUCUCAACUGUUGUAAUCUGUACUGUUACUUGAAGCUGAUGCUUUCAGCAUAAUAUGAACUUACACAUUGGGUAGGACAAAAGUAUUUCCUAGCUAGCCUCUGUUUUAUCUCUCUUUUUUUUUUUCUUUUAAAUUUUAAAUAAUAAUAAAUGUACAAUUGCUUUAUGUUUA